AAUCGAUCGAGGCGAUUACAUGCGUGUGGGUUAGUGUAUUCAUACCCACAGGACAUUAUUUUCGAAACGAAACGUUGUUGAACAUAAUUUAGGAUUAAGAUUUUUCCUCAGGAAUAUUUUAACAUUAUCCAGUGACGAAAUCUUGGCUGUUAAGUUCGAUAACUUACUUUCCAUCGGGCCCGGACGGUCUGUGUGUGCGCUAUUGGUGUAAAGUUGACUCAAAUGGACCCUUUGGUUAUAUGAAAUCGGAAACUGUGGAAAAAGGAUUUCGAGUUUUGGGUGAAAGAGAACCCUAUAUUGAACGUUGUAAUCCGCUGGCUUUUUCGAUUCUUUGACUCUUUCCAAAAUGUAUUCUUCCCUUGUAGCUGUGUUGCUAAUGCUCGUCGUGGGUGAAACCCUGGCAACGAAUUGUGGUGGUGUCCAGAAUAAGUACGUCUGUCAUCCUACCAACCCUACCAUCUUCGUGAUCUGUAUCGGUGAACAGGUUUACACCAUGCGGUGUCCCGGGGGACUGCAUUUUAACUCCCGUACCCAAACCUGUGACUGGCCAAAGAAUGCGUUUUGUGGCACUCUUCGUCAACCCAAAGUUACACAAACUCUUACUGAACCAUCGGGUCAAUCCAAUAUCAAUUCUGUAGCUUCGAAUAAACGGGAAGAAAACCAACGAAGAGUCACCACUGUAGCACCCACUCAACGGAAACUAAAACCCGCUGUUUACCAAAAGGAUGAUCGUGGCCGCUACACAGUCAAGAUAGUACCGACUCCGACUCCAGAAGUCACCACCAGCACCCAGACACCAUCUAAAAGUAAAUGGACCUUAGCACGUUAUCCUUGGUGGGCUGCAAAAUCUCCAGCGACCAGACCUACUCUUAGGGCAUCAGUACCAGCAAUAACCAAAGCCACUACCAGAGGUCCGGAACUGAGGCAAGAUGGACAGCCGGUAAUCAAUAAUGUACCUGUUAGACCAGGGCUUGAUGUAACAAGGUACACUCCACGACAGCCAGAUCGAAAUAAUGCUCCCAGAGCUCCAAAUUCUGUGGCUGCAGGGCCACCUAAAAUACAACCGGCCAAUAAAAAGGAAUCCAUAGUUACAAGUACACCUCGAACGACUAAAUUUAAACCCACAAAAACUGCCAUAGAUUCGUGGAUCAUGCUGUUUUCAUCAAUCUGUUACUAA